AGAACGCCAAUCAAUACCGUUUAUAUUUUUUUUAUUUAUUUUUGUGUUUUUGCUAUUACAUUUGUUUAAUAAAUUUAUUUAAUAAAUGUAAAAAUUGAUUAUUCUUUCUACGUUUUUGUCUAAAGUUAUAUUUACAGGUGAAACGCAAUGUCUCUCGCCAAUGCAGUUCACAUGGCUAAAACAACAAAAUUAUUAUGCUCCUUCGCACCAGCAAUUAAGGGAUACCUUAUAACAAGAGUCAGUUCGUCCCGAUCUGAAUCUUUCCUGUCUGGCUGUAAUGCAAACUUUCUUGAGGCGCAGUACGUCGACUGGGUGAAGAAAAAUCCAGUUGAUUCCUCAUGGGAUUGUUUUUACGAAAGCCUUAGCGCGAACGAAUUGAAAAUUGAAGAUAUUGAAGAUGAAUUCACACCUAAAACAAAAAGUGGUGAAACAAGUUGCAAGAAAGCUGAUUCAAAAGACACAAUCAAGCUGCAUCUAGCCGUACAACAUUUGAUCAGAGGCUUCCAGAUUCGCGGGCACCUGCUUGCGCAUACGGACCCGUUAGGCUUGAGCCUAGCGGCGGACUGGAUUCUGCGUGCCAAGCACGAGCGCAUGAAGCAUAUACCUGAAUCCUUAUCCAACUUCGAGGCCAAGUUCGUAGCUAGAGAGCUGGGGACUGUUCUCACUGACGCACAUAUGAACAUGAAGUUUGAACUACCUCCAAUGUGUUACUUGGGAGGAAAAGAAACGGAAUUAACAUUGAGCGAGAUUAAGAGUCGCCUGGAGAAGGUGUACUGCGGGCCGAUAGGCGCGGAGUAUAUGCACGUGCUUGACUUGGACAGCUUGCAGUUCGUGCGCGAGAACCUCGAGACGCCCGGCAUCCUGGAUAAGACGGCCGAGCACAAGAAGCUAAUACUGCGCAGACUCACUAAGGCUGUCUUCCUUGAGAAAUAUUUCGCGACAAAAUGGCCAGCCGAGAAGCGGUUCGGUCUGGAAGGCGGAGAGAGCCUGAUUGUAAUGCUGGAGGAGAUCGUAGACACGGCGACAGAACUCGGCAUCGAGUCUAUCGUAAUGGCCAUGCCGCAUAGAGGUCGCCUGAACGUAUUGAUUAACGUGUGCCGAAAGCAGCUAACAGACAUCUUUGCUCACUUCAGGCCUAUGGAGCCCAAAGAAGUAGGUUCAGGUGAUAUCAAAUACCAUCUUGGCACGUACAUCCACCGCUUUAUCCGGCGCACGAACCGCUACAUCAAGGUGUCCAUGAGCUGCAACCCCUCACAUCUGGAGGUGGUGACACCCGUGGUAACGGGCAAGGCACUCGCCGAGCAGCACUGGACUGGAGACAAAAAUGGGGAUAAAGUGAUGGCGAUAAUUAUGCAUGGUGACGCGGCGUUCGCGGGUCAGGGCGUGGUAUACGAGACGGCGCACAUAGGCCAGCUGCCGAAUUUCACAACGCACGGCACCAUUCACAUCGUCGUCAACAAUCAGAUCGGCUAUACCACAGACCCCAGGUUCGCCAGGAGCUCGCCCUACUGCACGGACGUUGCGAAGUGCGUAGACGCGCCCGUAUUUCACGUGAACGGCGACGACCCGGAAGCGGUGGCGCACGUGGCAAUGUUGGCCAUUAAAUAUCGCUGCCGCUUCAAGAAGGACGUGAUCCUGGAUCUGGUGUGUUACCGCCGCUUCGGCCACAGCGAGGAGGAUGAGCCCAUGUUCACGCAACCCUUCAUGUAUAAGAAGAUAAGGCAAAUGCCAACCGUGGACAAGGUGUACGCGGCGAAGGUGAAGGCCGAGGGUGUCGUGACGGACGCCGAAAUCAAGCAGUGGGAGAAGGAGUACACGGACACGCUCAACAAGCACUUCGAGCUCGCCAAGAAGAUCACCAAGCUUAGCAUCAUGGACUGGAUCGAUACGCCCUGGACUGGAUUCUUUGAAUCGACGGAUCCUAAAAAGGUUGCGCCAACUGGAGUUUGUGAAACGUCUAUCAUGACAAUCGCCAAUCACUUCUGCAAGCCGCCGGAGCCGUGGGCAUUCGAAACACAUAAAGGAAUCGGUAGAAUUUUAGCAAAUCGAGAGAAAAUGGUGAAGGAAGGUAUCGCAGAUUGGGCGAUGGGCGAAGCGCUGGCGUAUGGCUCACUGCUGCGCGACCACAUACACGUGCGGCUUACCGGCGAGGACGUCGAGCGCGGCACCAUGGCGCACAGACAUCACGUGUAUCACCAUCAAGGCGUAGAUGGCGCCACCUACCGUGUGCUCGACACUUUAUAUCCUGACCAGGCGAAGUAUUCGCUGCACAACAGUUCACUAUCUGAGUUUGGUAUCCUCGGCUUCGAAACGGGUUACUCGUACUACAGCCCGCACCAGCUUUCGAUCUGGGAGGCGCAGUACGGCGACUUCGCGGACACGGCGCAGCCCGUAUUCGAUACAUUCACCUGUAACGGCGAGAGCAAGUGGAUCUGCCAGUCGGCGCUGGUUGUCGCCCUCCCACACGGCAUCGACGGCGCGGGUCCAGAGCACUCGUCGGCGCGCGUGGAGCGCUACCUGUCUCAGUGUGAUGACCACGAGGACCAGGUGCCCGACCUCGACGACAAGGAUAUGGUCUUAAAACAGCUGAAGUCAGCCAACUGGAUUGUAUGCAAUGUGACCAACCCAGCGAACUACUUCCACAUGAUGCGGCGCCAGAUCGCACUGCCCUUCCGCAAGCCAUUGAUCAUCUUUACGCCUAAGGUCGGCCUCAAGCACCCUUACUACAGAUCACCCUUUAAAGACUUCUACCCCGGCACAUCCUUCCGCAGGGUAAUACCAGAAGACGGGCCAGCGUCCAAGAAUCCGGCCGGCGUGAAGAAGUUAAUCUUCUGUUCUGGGAAAGUGGCGAUCACGAUUUCUGAAUUGCGGAAAGAGAAGAAGCUCGAAAAUAAGAUUGCGAUGUGCCGGAUCGAGCAGCUGUAUCCGUUUCCUUACGACCUGGUGCUGAAGGAGUUCUGCAAUUAUCCGAAGGCGAAGGUGGCGUUCUGCCAGGAGGAGCACAGGAACCAGGGACCCUGGCUCUAUUGCAAGGUCCGGAUGGAGAACUUGUUUGGAAAGAAGAUUGAAUGCAUCUCACGGCCGCCCAGUUCUGCGUCGGCGACGGGCAUCAAAUGGCUGCAUCAAAAGGAAUUGAAGGCCUUAAAAGAAGCCAUUAUAAAAAUCUAGACUUAUGUAACAGCUUGUAUAAAGUAUUUGGUGAUGUUUUGUCAAAUUGAUACGAAUUUAAAUGAUGUGCGAAACAUGUUUCUUUUCCAAGGUCACAAAAGGAAACUAAAUUGAUUGCGAAUGUUAAUUAAAACAAAAUUAUAAAAUGUGAAAAAUUUAUUUAUGCAUUUUUUUACAAUUGAUUUCUUUGUGCCACUUAUUGAUGUUCUAACAAACCAUUUUAACGAUAUACAUUGAGCUUUCGGCUGAAAAUUAACUCUCAAAAUCAAGACUUAUUGGAAUGGUCUUACAGCGAGACGUAAAUAAUCUAUAACAUUUAUAACAAACAUACGGGAGGUAACAUUACUCAUAUCAAAAGUACAAUAAAUUGCUAUCACACAAGUAAAAAUACUGAAUUUAAAAGUAAUUGAUUUACUGAUUAUUAAAAUCACUGAUCUGUAUAAAUGGAUAGUUCAUUGCUGAGUAACGACUAUUAUUGCUUCGAUGACUUAAAAGUGCCUGUUGGUUAAUUCCAUCAUCAGUUACAAUCCUCGUAACCAAUCGUCAGCGUUAAAAUGGCGAAAA